GCCAAGCAAGGCAAAAGUUACCUGGUACUUGACCACCAGGUAGGUACCUACCUCUACAUUCAUCGACCACUUGCGAAACCUAUUUUGAAAGCACCAUAGCCGAUCAAAAUGCCUCUUGGAAGACUACCACAGUCCUCCUACUACGACAGUCGCAAUCGUCCCACCGCAGCCCUCUACCGAGCCCGACAACCGUACCUCAUCAAGAACGCCGUGACCGGACUGGCCAUCUUUGGUUUCGUCGCUGGAGUCUACACAUGGACGAUCAAGGCCAUUGGUCAAGAUGACUUCUCCGAUGUUCCUAUUCCUGACGCGCCAGCCCAGCCAGCAGCGGCGCCUCACACUAGCACCGUGAAAACUGCAGGAAAGGCAUGAAAGAAGCGAAGUGAUAUGGAUGAAGCACGGUGAUACCGGACAUUCAGGUGGCGUUCGACAUGGACUUGGAAUUGACGGAGUAUAGGCUGAACAAUUGUGUACAUACGAUUUCUUCACUGGUUCGAGAGCUUUCCGCAUUACUGCGUGGUUGAGGAGCGUGAUCACUGCCACAAAAGCCGGCGGCGGCGGAAAAGAGGAUGUGUCACACCAGCCGUUAGUGCAAGAUGAGGAGCACGACUGCGCUAUUGCGCAUCAAGAUGUGCAGUAGCAGCAUUUUAGGAGGUUGUCGAGUGAUUGCAUAGAUACCCAACUAAAUCAAGUGGCCGACUCAGCUGGCCGGUGUCGUGGUGACUGCUGGGUCCACCCGUCUAAAUUGUACCACCGGCUGCUCGACAGGCACUGUGUUAUUCUUCAGCUGCUCCAGCUUCUUCUCAUUCUCAUCUCUCGCCUCUUUCUCGUACUUGGCAAUCAGCUCGUCCAGAUUGGCGCUUCCGCGGCCAGCAGGCACAUUGUAUGGUGAUCCCGCAUUCACGAGCUCGGGAAAUCGCAGGUCAACAGUCUUGACUUGCUGGUUCGGCUCGUUCAGGAAUAGGACACGGUCUGCAGCUGCCUGCUGCAUGGCUUGCGUGUGAAUGUCGUUCCGUCGUGCCCAUUUGAUAGCAUACUCGGCAUAAGUGUCUUUGAUGAGUCGCGUAAAGUAGGGCUGAUCACUCGUGCCUUGCGCGGUGAACUUGUAGAUUGCAAGCGACACAGGUAGUGCCGCAAGUGUGAUGAAGAAGCCGGCACCAAAGGCCUCGUUUGGGUUGGGGGGAUGCUUUGCGUGGGCAGCUUGGCCCUCAGAGACGAGCUCUGGGCCAUGGUGGUCUCCGGCAAAGCGUCGUUGACGACGUUCGGGCCUGAGACGCAGUCUCUGCGCAGAGCGCACCGCUGUCCUUCUGACAGGCUGCAUGUUGUUCAAUGGGAGUCGCGCGGUGUCCGUCUGGUGAUCUUGAAUGUGUGCACGAGGUCCAGAAGGUGAAGUGGAGAAUGCGGGAGUAGCCUUGGACUGGAAAAUGAG